UGUGUCACUUGACAAUCAGAGCAAUCUCUUUGCUGAGGCUGGACUAAGAUCAGUUGAACUAGUAGCUCUGAAUGGAAAGGCACAUGUUUUAGUAGUUCCAGACAGUUGCAUGAGGUCGGCCAGUGACUAGCGGGCUCUUUUGGUGGAAAGGCACAUGUUUCUGCAGAGAUAGCAGCAGGGGAGCACACUUCAGAGGAAUGUUAAUGAAGCGAUUUCAAUGGGUAUUCUACUGUAGGUGAAUGCCAAGAAAUAGUCAGUGUUGGACAACAGCAAGAUCCACUGCUCUCUGGACAAACCCAGAUAGGCCCUGGUCCUGUGUAAAGGAGGUGAUCGAUGGGCCAUCCCCAGAAUGACAGCUUCUUUCUGGACCUUUCCCAGCCAGACGUCUGGGUCUGGGACACAGAACCUAAGCCAAUGGCGGCCGCCCAGGUCUUCAUUUGGCUAGCGCUUCUAUUGGCCUUUGGCCUGCAGUUCUACCUAGCUGUGUUCUGCCUGCUGAAGUGCUGGAGUUUUGACACGAGGCUAAAGCAGGCUCUUAAAAACCUGCCCUCUACGGGGAAGCUCUUCACAACAUUCCCUUCCUCCGUCAUUCAACUUCCAGAGGACUUGAAGAGUGUGAAACCAAUGGCUUACUGUCGUUAUGACGUAGAAGUGGCUGAAUCCUCCCUGCCUACACCCUGCUGCUAUGACGAUGAGGAGGCUGGGCCCUGCACUAACUCUCCUUAUACACCUUUUGCCUGGGAUCUUGUGCAAUGCUGAGGAGGACCCUGUAACACUUCACUGUAAAUACUGAAACUUAAAUAUAGUGUGCAUGGAAUGCUGACCCAUUAAACUAUUUCUUAAACUUUA